CUUUUACAAAAAAUACUCGGGUACAUUCUCAAGAUUAUGAAGUCAAAUUAGUUGAUACAGCAGGUCAAGAUGAAUACAGUAUAUUUCCUACGCAGUACUCAAUGGAUAUUCAUGGAUAUGUUUUAGUGUACAGUAUAACUAGUGCAAAAAGCUUCGAAGUCGUACAAGUUAUAUAUGAUAAGUUACUUGAUAUCACAGGCAAAGUACAUGUACCAAAAGUUUUAGUUGGAAAUAAAACAGAUCUUUACGUAGAUCGUAUGGUAACUACAGAACAAGGGAAACGUCUCGCAGAUUCAUGGCAUGCAGCUUUCCUAGAAACUAGUGCUAAACAGAAUGAGUCUGUAGCAGAUAUAUUUCAUACUUUGUUACUUGAAAUUGAAAAAGCCGAUGGGAAUGUGCAGGAAAAAUCAAGUUGUGUCGUAUCCUGAAUAAAUUCGUAAUACAUGGUUCACAUCUUUCAAUAAUGUAUAUUGCAAAUCAUAGUAUGGAAAAUAUGCUAACCUCUACACAGACUAAUAUUUAAUACUAUUAUUACGUUUUGACUUAUGUUUCGUACAAUGAUAUUUUAUAACGGUUUAGUCGAACUUGUUUUACCUACUGUAAAUAGUAUUUAAUAUG